GGGGAGAAGAUACCUUUCACAUCCAAGCCCCCUGGCCAGCUGAUGGACAACUGUCAUGCAAUCAGACCUCCCUGGGAUCAUCAGGACUCAGACCAGCUCCCCUCGAAUGGCACAAAAAUCCCGCAGCUGAAGCAGCUUUAUUAAGGAUCUCAGCAGGAGGCACUGGGAGACAGGAACACUCACUGGAAGCUGCAGAGAGAGGUUGAGGAUGUCUGGGAUCUGUUCAGAGGAAGUGGCCAUGUCACGAGUAACUCACCCAACCACCUUCCCAGUGAGCUUUCAGCUCCUUGUGCUGGUAUUGCUCUUCCAUGCAGAUGGCAUACAUGCGGAGAGCCCCAGUGAACUGCCAGGGAAUGACACUGAGGAGUGUGCUGGCUCGUACAUCUGCAAAAAGGGUGUGAUUUUACCGAUAUGGGAACCCCAAGACCCCUCAUUUGGUGACAAAAUCGCUCGGGCAACGGUGUAUUUUGUAGCGAUGGUGUACAUGUUCCUGGGAGUGUCUAUCAUAGCUGACCGCUUCAUGUCCUCCAUUGAAGUCAUUACAUCCCAAGAGCGAGAAAUAACCAUCAAGAAGCCCAAUGGUGAGACCAGCAAAACCACUGUGAGGAUCUGGAACGAGACCGUUUCCAAUCUCACACUGAUGGCCUUGGGCUCGUCCGCCCCCGAGAUCCUCCUGUCCGUCAUCGAAGUGUGCGGCCAUGGCUUCACAGCGGGGGACCUGGGGCCAAGCACGAUUGUGGGAAGUGCUGCCUUUAACAUGUUUGUCAUCAUUGCAAUAUGUGUGUACGUGGUUCCAGAUGGAGAGAUAAGGAAGAUCAAGCACUUGCGAGUGUUUUUUGUUACGGCAGCCUGGAGCAUCUUUGCCUACACUUGGCUUUACAUUAUUUUAUCUGUGUCUUCACCUGGGAUUGUGGAGGUUUGGGAAGGCUUGCUCACCUUCUUCUUCUUCCCCAUCUGUGUGGUGUUUGCCUGGAUAGCUGACAGGAGGCUUUUGUUUUACAAGUAUGUCUACAAGAAAUACCGAGCUGGCAAGCAGAGAGGUAUGAUCAUAGAGCAUGAGGGUGAUCGGCCCUCCUCCAAAGCUGAUAUCGAGAUGGACGGAAAGGUUGCUAAUUCUCAUGUGGAGAACUUUUUGGAUGGGACACUGGUGUUGGAAGUGGAUGAGAAAGACCAGGAUGAUGAGGAAGCCAGAAGGGAAAUGGCUCGGAUCCUGAAGGAGCUGAAACAGAAGCACCCAGACAAGGAAAUCGAACAGCUUAUUGAGUUGGCCAACUACCAGGUCCUGAGCCAGCAACAGAAGAGCAGGGCCUUUUACCGCAUCCAGGCCACUCGGCUCAUGACCGGAGCUGGCAACAUCUUGAAGAGACAUGCUGCAGACCAGGCCCGCAAAGCCGUCAGCAUGCACGAGGUCAACAGUGAGGUGACGGAAAACGAUCCCAUCAGCAAGCUCUAUUUUGAACAGGGUACCUACCAGUGUUUGGAGAACUGUGGCACUGUAGCCCUGACCAUCAUUCGCCGGGGAGGUGACUUGACCAACACAGUGUACGUUGACUUCCGGACAGAGGACGGGACGGCUAAUGCCGGCUCCGACUACGAGUUCACUGAAGGGACAGUGGUCUUCAAGCCUGGAGAGACCCAGAAGGAAAUCCGUGUUGGCAUAAUCGAUGAUGACAUAUUUGAGGAGGAUGAGAACUUCCUGGUACAUCUCAGCAACGUCCGUGUGAGCACUGAGCCCUCGGAUGAGGGCGUUCUUGAGGCCAGUCGUGUCUCAACACUUGCUUGCUUGGGAUCACCAUCUACUGCCACUGUCACCAUUUUUGACGAUGACCACGCUGGUAUCUUCACCUUUGAGGAGCCAGUAACUCACAUCAGUGAAAGUGUAGGAACCAUGGAAGUGAAAGUGUUGCGAACCUCUGGUGCACGAGGAAAUGUUAUUGUGCCCUACAAAACCAUUGAAGGCUCAGCCAAAGGUGGAGGAGAGGACUUCGAAGAUACCUGUGGGGAGCUGGAGUUCCAGAACGAUGAGAUAGUCAAAACGAUAUCAAUCAAGGUGAUAGAUGAUGAGGAGUAUGAGAAAAACAAGACCUUCUACCUAGAGAUCGGGGAGCCCCGGCUGGUGGAGAUGAGUGAGAAGAAAGGUGGCUUCACCAUCACAGAGGAGAAUGAGGAAAAGCAGCCACUGACCAGCAAGGAGGAGGAGGAGCGUCGCAUCGCAGAGAUGGGGCGCCCAAUCCUGGGGGAGCACACCAAACUUGAAAUCAUCAUUGAGGAAUCCUACGAGUUCAAGAACACAGUGGACAAGCUCAUUAAGAAGACAAACCUGGCCCUGGUGGUUGGCACAAACAGCUGGAGGGAGCAGUUUAUUGAGGCUAUUACUGUCAGCGCGGGGGAAGAUGACGAUGACGAUGAAUGUGGGGAGGAGAAGCUACCCUCCUGCUUUGACUAUGUGAUGCACUUUCUGACCGUCUUCUGGAAGGUCCUUUUUGCCUUCGUGCCCCCGACAGACUACUGGAAUGGCUGGGCCUGCUUUGUUGUCUCCAUCCUCAUGAUCGGCCUCCUGACAGCUUUCAUUGGCGACCUGGCAUCCCACUUUGGCUGCACCAUCGGCCUGAAGGACUCGGUCACCGCCGUCGUAUUUGUCGCACUGGGGACAUCGGUGCCAGACACGUUUGCCAGCAAAGUAGCAGCAACACAGGACCAGUAUGCAGACGCCUCCAUCGGGAAUGUCACCGGGAGCAAUGCUGUGAACGUUUUCCUGGGAAUUGGGGUAGCCUGGUCCAUCGCAGCCAUCUACCACGCGGCGCACGGACAAGCCUUCCAAGUCUCACCUGGCACGCUGGCCUUCUCCGUCACCCUCUUCACCAUUUUUGCUUUUAUCAGUGUGGGCGUGCUGCUCUACCGGCGGAGACCCGAGAUUGGAGGUGAGCUGGGCGGGCCGCGGACUUCCAAGCUGCUCACAUCUUCACUCUUUAUCCUCCUCUGGCUCUUGUACAUAUUCUUCUCAUCUCUGGAAGCCUACUGCCACAUAAAGGGCUUCUAAAGGGACAAUAAGAGAUAGUAAAUAUGUGUAUAUCUAUAUAUAUCUAUAUAGAGUGAUAUAUAGGUAUAGAUAUAGAUAUAAUGCUGUGUAUAAUGAACAGAGAAAAAGAAUAAAAGAGAUUUGCCAUGUUCACACACCUGCUGAUGGAAAGCGGCUUUGGAGCAUCCUUUGAACUAGGCAGGACCCCAAAGCCAGCAGGAUCCCUCCCCAGGCAGUGGCCCAAGCCAGGAGCCAGGCAGCAGGGCCCUUUCUGCGACUCUACCAACAGGAGCAGCUGAUGGCCACCGAGCCCCUUUCCACCACUGACUCCCACCCGCCAGCCACCUGGGAAGAUGGAUAUGAAGGUGACCGGGGUGCGCCGGUAUGAGGAAGGCCAGGGUAGCUGGUGAGAAACAGAGCAGUGGGCAAGGGAAGGAGAGGAAAGCAAGGGUUCUGAUCUCCAACCGCCAUCCACCUGCCUUCGCCACUCGGGAACAUCCCCUCUGGCCCUGUUGGAGAGAAGCAAGAGACCAAACUGAAGGCAAAGGGGAAACUGGGAGCUUUCUAAGGAUAGAACACAAACCGUUUUCGUCAUUGAUUUGGGGUUGGUUUUUUUGUUUUGUUUUGGCGUGUGUACAACUAGCAUUUCCCACCCACAUGCCCCUCACCUUUCCCUCUCCAUGCUUUGGGGAUGCACAGCCGCAACCCCGUGUCCAGUGUCCUAAGCUGAGGCUGCGUGGGGCGGCGGGGGCUUCCCUCCCGCUUCCUCCGCCUCCUCGGGCAUGCUGUCGUGGUACUUGUAACAUUUGCAUGAAUGAAAUGAAAUCUAUCUGUAUAUAGCAACCUAUAGCGAUAGUCCUUCCAACCAUGUGGGUUGAGCAUUGCAGAUACAAGUGUUUUUCUUUUCACUGGGUUUUAUUUAUUUUUAGUUAGUUUGGUUUUGCCAUAGGGUUUUUUGCUUGUUUGUUUGUUUCCUCUUAGCAGGGGGUAAAAGGAUGGAAAGCUGUCCCCACUUAUUGCUUGUUGCAUGGGUCCGUGAGAAGCAAUAACAGCCACACAGAUGUAGGUUUUGAGGGGAGGAAAACCCACACCCCAGAGACUGGAGACUCUGUCUACUGUGUAGCUGGGGUCCUCUGACAUGCUGAAGCCAGUGUGAAGGCUUCCACUAUCCACACAAGGUUUUACACAAGGUCCCAGGGAGCCCGAGUGGGAUGAGCAGUCCAAGGGGGACCAAGAGUGGCUGACUCCCAGCAUCUCCCAUGCUUCUGCCUUUAUAGUCGGUGGCUGCCUCAAAACCCCUUGGUCCCCUGCUAUUCCCUGUAUUCCCAGAGGUCUGGUGACAGCCCCUGUUUCUGAGUGUUAAGCCAUCAGGAUCAGUCUCCAAAGCUGGUCCUUUCCCACAGCCAUUUGGAGACAGAGUAAUUCAACAUAAGGGCUGAAGGGCCAUAAAGAGAUCUCCCAUUCUGCUGCUGAGUGCAGCCAGGAAGCAUCCCCUAUAGGAAAAGGCCAAACUUUGCACUCUCCGAAUCCGAAAUUACUGGGGAGGAUGAGACAGGGAGGUGUAACUCAGCAUCACCCCCCAUGCUAGUAGUGCAGGUUGGGGUAGAGAGCCGAGCCAGGGAAGUGUGGGUGUAGAGCUCCCCAGGGCACAGCAGAAAGGAGACAUUGUGCACUGGUGUUGAGAGAUGUCUUCUUACCCUAUGCCCUUUGCCAGGCUUCCUCACAUUGCGGCCAGGCAAACUCCCAGCUUGCAUGUCCGUGGUGAGCUCUUCCCAUUCAGCUGAAAACCAUGUCUGAUGCUUGUACCAUAACCAGCUGGCUGGGGGUAUUUGUACUCAUUUUGAACUAUCUGUGGAAAUUUUAAUGAAUCUGCUGUAAGAUUUUCUCUAGGAAUAUGAAGUUGUGGGGGUUUUUUUCUCGAGCCUUUUUUUUCACUUUUGGUUGGGUUAGGGGUUUUUCUUUUUGUUUUUCAUUGUUUGGGGGAAAGAAUCAAACACAGGUGCAGGUUGUUCAGGUUUAUGAUUACCUUUAUGUACAAUGAUUUCAUUUUCAUCUGUUUGGCUUCAUUUUUUUAGUUUGUGUGUAUUGCCCACCACUAUAGGCAGUGAGCCCACUAAUUGUGAUGAUCCUUAUCAAUGGUACACAAUGCACAGAGAAAUAAAGUUUGUAAUGAUUCCUGAUGGACCCAGUACUGCUCCUGCAUAUUCUCUAUGGAAAACCCUUCUCUCCCCUCCAGUUGUUUUCCCCUUCGUACGCAUCUCUCCUUUACUCAUUGGUUUGCCUUCACCAUGUUUCUGCCACUGACAGGAGUAGUGGUGCUUUGCACACCCUCUCCUGCCCCAUCUCACACCUUUCCUCCUGUUCCAUCUCCAUGGUGCCUCAGGCUCGGUAUGCUGCCAUACAGCUGGGGCUCACAGCCCACUCCACCCUCAGGGGGAUGCAGGAAACCACCUAGGGACAAAGCUGCAGUGCAACCCACCCUUCUGGGUUCAGAUGUUACUCCUGUGCUGGGUCCCUAGUCAGUGCUGGCUUGCCCUAGGCUUGAGGACAGCCAUGCCUGUGCCCCCAGGGUACUUAGCAGCUCUUUCUGUUUGUGUUACAUGGAGCUGCUCAUGCUGUUGCUACAGCCUCACAGUGACUUGCUCUAGGUUAAGCCACAAGCUAAUUAUAACGGAGGAUGCAUUACCAGGGCAGGGUGCAUGGGUGCCAAAGCAGAUCUGAGACACCCCGUGAGGUCACCAAGUACAUCGGGAGGCUGGGCUGCUCUCAACAGCUGCUUGACUGUGCCCCUGUCCAGGUGCCAUGGGCCAUUUCAGACCCAGCUCAGCCAGCACUGAGGAAGAGAAAAGUCUCCACAUGCCCAGGGAUGUUGCUCCUCCCUGUGUUUCAGGCAGCCUCUGUUGAGUUGUCCCCAAAUAAACCCUCCCCGUGAUGCCUGGGAGGUCCUGCUCUGACAGCUGAACUCAAACACCAGCUCAACCCAGGUCUGGAGAUGGGUCCCAGGCAAGCACUGCCUUCAUCCAGUGGGGCUCUCCUUGAGCCUCCUGGUGGGGUGUGUGCUCCCAGGGUCCUGCCCAUGCUCCUGCCUGUCUGCCAAGCAAGGUCAGGAUGGAGCCACACAGCCAGUCAGGAUGGCACCAACAGCAGUGUCUGACUGUCAAACUCCAGGAUAGAAACAUGCCACCAGGCAAAAAGAGAAAGGGUAGGAUGUGGCUGAUUUUAUUGCAGCAUGACUCUGUCUGUAGAGGCCCAGAGGCACUAGAAUUCCCACUUGCCAAUGCAAGGGGAUGUGUGGCAGAGCAAGUAACUAACACACCCUGGCAGCCAAAGCAUCUAACAUGAUCCCUGUGCUGCUCUCAGACGAAUCUGACCCUUCCCCACACCCUAUGCUGCUUUUGGCCAGCCAUGCUGCCGUUUCAUUCUCCCUGUGGGUGCUCAGCACCCUCCCGGAUGAGUGUGAGUCAAACUCCUACACUCCCCAGGCCAGCAGCGAGCAUGGCCAGUCACGUUUAUGUGCUUUUCACAGGCAGUGGAUUGUGAAAGCAAAGCAGCUCUUCUGACCCAGUAAUUGCUUCUAUUGAAAGGUGAUGUUGGUAUUUUGCUCUCAUCAUUUGCUUCUUCAGAAUGAAUUGUAGUCACUAAAGUAAUUAUCAAGCCAAAUGGGACUUGUGUAGCCACUCAGGUUAACAGACAGUAAAUAACUGUUUGCUCACAGAGCUUUCCAAAGGAAAUGAUGGAGCAGUGCUUGCUUAGGGCAAGGCUUAAAUCACAGGGUAAACACCAGCCCUGUUUAUGCAAUUACUCCCUGCCAGCUGUGUGCUUUUUGGCAUCUUCAACGAGGUUAUGCACAGCGUGAUGUGUGUGUGCCCAGCGCUCAUGGAGGAGUCGUGGGUGAGCAGCAAGGGGAAGGACCGCUCCACUGAGCCCCAGACACCUGUCAGUGUUCCCAAGGGUGCCAUGCCUGCUCUUCUGCACCAGCCCUGUCUUUAAACCAUACUCUCCGAAGGCAAAAGCAAACUGCCUUCCUCCAGAAGGCACCUGCAUUGCUGGGAGGCAGCAGGAGGAAGCACAGUCCCCAGCUCAGGCACGUCUUGCUGUUGUGCCUGCCUGCCUGCCCGGUGGGCCACAACUCAGCUCCCUGGGUCCCCUGUCUCAUGCCAGUGUUCUCCCAUCUCCUCCUCAUUCCUGCCAGCCUCCCCACCUUCCCUCACAAGGGAAGGACAUGGAGCAUCUCUGAUAAAGGCCUGGGUUCAGAAAUGUUGCCAGAAACAGCAGUUUAAACUCUUGGCCUCCAUCCAUCUACCUGCCUUGUUUGCUCUCACUGCCUUUCAUCACCCCACUAGCCAAAAGCAAACUUUUCCACAGAAAAGGAUGUAGCACGGUGCAAAGUACGUUCAGAGGCAGACCCCCAAAUAACUCCACAGGCCACUGCAAAGCGCUUGGGGGCAAGCAGAAGGAACACACCAGAGACAGCCCUAAGCAUCUUGGAAAAACCACAUUCCCAGCUCUUCAGGGGUCAGCAGGAGUGGAGGCAAAUCCCAGCCACAAACUGGAAACAUGAAAAAAGUGCAAAAAAAAAAAAAUCAGCAGUGUCACAUGGCUGAGCCCACCCGAACUGCUACCUGUGCCAGGGCAGCACAGGAACUGCUCCCUCCAGAGAUGUGAAUCCCUCAUCUCCAAACAAGGUGCCUGUCCAUGUGUCACCCCUUUCCAGGCAGCCUGUGGUGCCCCUGGGAUGAGGGACGAUCACAAGAGUCAUUUGUGCAUCUUCUUCCCCGCUCUCAUCGCUUCCUUAAACGACAAAAGGGAGAGGGGAGGCCUUGAGCCCGCUCUGGUCACGAGUCUGGCUGCUGUCUGUAAACUCAUCACGCUAUUUCUGCUAUGGGCAGGGACUGGAGAACCAGAGCCUGUAUGUUAUUGUUACAGCUAUUUUUAAAUGCUUGGGUAAGAGUCAAGUGCAACAGUAUUGGUGGCCAUAUUCAUAACUCAGGAGGAGACUCAGCUACAUUCCUGGAGGGACAGAGCUGGGCAUAGCCAGAAAGCAAUGGAGAGAGAGAAAAGAGGGAAAACUUAAUGCUGGAUGGUGUCAUUCCAGGAGAAAGCCUUGAAUUAUUUUCUGUAGGCUUUGGCACUCAAGCCCAUCUGGGGAAGCACGUUUGCAGAGCACCAGGGACCUUUCUGGCCUCUUUGAGUGUGCAAUGACCAACUACUAUGAUGCUUAUACACACGAGUUGCCCAGCUGUAGAAAAGCCUGUUUAUCUUGUAAAAAAAUUGACUUGCAUAGGAAAGCAUCCAGAGACAUCUGUAUUCUUGCAAAAAGCACCAGGGGACAAUAAAUAUAGUGAGAUUCCUCACCUUUUAUGGACUUGAGCCUUUCUGCUUUUGGAACUAGAGGUGCCAAGAGCCUCUCACCAGCCAGCAACACCCCUCACACAGAGGGAAGGGACGCUGCAAGGGAAAGGGAUCUGUCUGGCCAAACAGGAGCUGUUAUCAGCAAAGACAGAAGCUUGCUGCUACUAGAAGGAUUUUCUGCCUGUGGUAUGCCCCUGAGAGCAUUCAAGAAGUCUCUAUAGGCUCUUGCUGUCCCUCUGGAGCAUCUCAAGAACAACCAGCCCUGCCCUCUGAGGCCCAGUGUCCCCAGGUGGUUUAUCACCCUCUCCUGCAAGCUCUGCACCCUCCCUUGGCUCCUUCCCCUUCCCAAAUGAAGUUAUGGAUGCCAGGCUGUGGCUCCCUUCACUGGAAGUGUGGAAGAGGGCACUGGGGUGCAGACUGUUCCAAAAGCAGGUGCUGUGAAGCACUGCUGAGCGUGUUGCGGUGCCCAGCGUUGGAGGGUACAGGGAGGAUAGAAGUGCUGUGGGGUCCCACACAGAUCUGGAAACCUCGUUUUAGGCACCGCCACAGCAUGUCCCUCUGCCCCGGCUACCAUGGGUAUGGACAUGCAUCUUGAUUUCUGCACAGAUACAGCACAGCCUUUAGCUUUUUUGGCUGCCUGUGGGCACCAACCCCAGACAGUACUUUUAUCUAUUUGAUUCAAAACAGCCCUUGGCCUGUUGCACUUCACUAGAAAAGCUUUCUGCCCCUCCCAGCACGCAGCCUCACUCCAGUUCAGGUAGCAGUGGUGACCAUUUGUGAUGCUCCAGGAGCACAUACCACCUGAUGCUGGGGUCCACCAGCAUCUGCCUUGAGCCAUUUCAAGGUCCCAAAAUGUCUGUCUGUACACAGUGAUAAUCCAGCCUGGCCUUGCUCUGUGCUUGCCUCCCCUGUAGAGUCUCUUCACAUGCCAUCUUCUUCCAGGCUCCCUGCAGAGAAGCAGUCUCUGUCCCUCCUGCCCCACAACUGGGGGCUUCCUGUGGUGAGACAAGUCUCCUUUCUCACUGGAACAAACAACAACACUUGUUAGCUCGGGCUUGCUGUCUGUGUUUCAGGACAAAGAUUAACCAUCCCAUGUGGUGGACUUAAGCCCCUAAAAACCAAGGAGAGGCAAAGCUCAGUGUGCUGAGCCCCUCCUGCUCAUCACCCAGGCAGUGUUACAGCCAGUACCCACAGGCACAGUUUCUAUUGUGCCACUGUCCUUCACUCAUGAAUCUGUGGAAGAUUAAACAUUUUUUGCUGAAUUUCCACCGUUGUCAAGUCCUACAGAUGCUCCAGCUCCACCCCCCAACCCAACCCUGCCUCUACAUUCCAGAACAAACUAAUUGCUUUGACUGGAGUUUCAAGACUUUCCUGCCCCUGCUUAAAAUGGGCACAGCUUAAGUAGAGCAAAUUGCAAUGGCUUGGGAUGUUUAUCCACUCUUAGAGCUCCUAAACCCUUGCAGGACACAGAAGACUGGCACAGAGCUCUCUCCCUGCACCUCCUGACCUCUUUGUUGAGGUGGGAUCUAUUUCCUCUCCUUUACUUCUGACUCAGAAGAGACUCUUUACAGAUGACAGCAGAGUGAGACCUGCAUACAGUUCAACCUUGUUGCUCUGUUUUCUUUACAGAAAUUCCCAUAGCAGUCCAUGGCACUGUCAUCUCCAGAAGUAUGUGCCCCUCUACCCCAGCCCACAGGCUCCUCACUUACAGAAAUUUGAGAUUCUGGCAGAUGAGCUUCUUUGCAGAGAUACUUCAAAAUGAGGAGAGUUUCUGAGUCACUGUAAAAUUGCUGUGCUGGUACAGGAUAGAUUGCAUCCUGGUGGUGCAAAUGUGUCCCAGGUUGCUAUCAAGCUUAUUUGGGAACAUUAAUGAAAGCAUUUGCAAACUAGUGGCUUUGUGACUCCCAGGGAUGUAGCGAACUGUGCAACUGGAUUUCCCCUUGCUCUGUGUAAUGCUGAGAUGUUUCCCUUGCCUCUUGCCUUCAGCUAUAGCCCUGUACAUUGCCCUGGCCUUUCCUUGCAAUAAGAGCUGUCAUUAGGUACCCCUUGGCUGAACUCCCCCUGUACAAAUGAGAAUGAACUGAUGCCUGUUGUGUCUUCAUUCGUUUGCCCCAUGUUGCUUCCUUCAUCUUCCGAGCUCUUGAGAAAAACAUGCUCAUGCAGGGAGCCUUGCAGGAGAUCUGCUUGUCUUGCUCUUAAUCAGGAAGUAUGCACUUCUUUCAGCAGCUCAAGAGAGCAAUAGAUGGCAAUAAUACCUCUUACAUUACAGUCACUAUGUUAGCAAGGAAGAAAAUGUUAUUUAUUUUUUAGCUGACAACAUUUGUCCUACUUCUUUUUUUCCAUAAUGCAUUAAGCAUUAGGAGGCACAGCUCUGCACGUAGUCCAGCUCUCAAGACUACCUGUCGAGGACAUUGUUCAGCAAUCCAGCACAGUUUUAUUUGUGGAUGAAGGGCAGAAGUUGGUGAAUUCUCCUACAAUUCCUAGCUGGAAGAACACAGACAUGCUAGCAAAACCCACAAAAUGCAGGGUUUGGUAAAUUGCAGCCCUCUAUAUCCCAGGUCUCUGUGCCAAGGAGACCUGGCAUGAGGUUGCAAAAUCCAAACCAUGAACUUCCUGAAGACCACUCAGCAGUGAUGGGCAUCUUUACACCUACUGCUGUCCCUCAGCUACUUGGAGAGGUCUCUGGUAUACCUGGUGUUCACCAGGUGUGAACAUCACCGCUAAUAAAGAGAGAAGAGGACACGGAGGAUACCACAUUCUACCUACCUACCACCCCAAAAACAAGCCCCUGGGAUAUUCCCUGCAAAAAGCAGUCAGACUGCCAGGAGCAAAGCAGUCACCAGGAAACGUCACACAUCUCAAAGGCAGCAGGUUCCCCACGGUGCUCUCUCUCUGCUGCUCCCCACAUCACUGCCAUGAGGGAAGAGCCACUCACAGCCCAGCACCCUGCAGGCAGAGCCAGAGGAGAGACCUGAGCUCCCCAUGCUUGUUCAUGGGAGCAUCAGCCCUGGUUUCAGCCAGGGAGGCCUGCAGGGAGUGGCCAUGAUAGUUUGAAGGAAAGCGAAAUGAGAUGGGAAUUAGUAAAAAAAUUACAGUAGUGGUAAUUUAGUUUCAUUACUGAUUUUCUGCAUUAAUGAAGAGGCCCAAUUAUCUCAAUGCUUGAGUGACCACUCCAGUUCUCAAAAGUCAUUUCUGCACACUUGAACAACUGCUCCUUCUUCUAGUGUAAAAAUCAGGCUAUUGUUGUGAGCCUGGAGAGAACAUGGAAACACAUCUUUCCUGGCAGAGAUGCAAUCCAUGUCAGAAGCUUCUUCCACUGUCCCACUCAGGAGUGGAGGGACACUCAGGCAGGGAGCUGGCAGCUGCCUGCACAGCCUGUCCCAGGGUUGCUGGAUGCUCCCCAUGGUUGAGGCAGCAAGGAUCCCCUGGAACAGCAGGAUGCAAGAAAGAAAGAGCUCAAAAUGGCUCUCUGGGCCUAAGAAGUGAGAGGAACAGCUGGUGGCUGGAUGCAUCCCAUGAGGCAAGGCAGGCAGCAGGCAAGUGGCCCUGCAGCACAGGUGACUCCCCCCAACAGGCACCACAUGCCAGGGUGGAGACGGCACUGCCAAGGCAAGUUGUCUUCUGGUAUUUUGGAUGUGCUGGAGCACAUCAACGACGUGCUCCAGAUAUAAUGGCUCUAGUUUUCCUGCUCCCCUCUGACAGCCACCACUGUCCCCCUGCUCAGCAGCCUGAGGGGAGCUCCCCAUCAUCCCAGGAGCAGCACGGGGGAGGCAGGCGGGGAGGAGGCUGCAACCACCCUUCCUGACGCACCCAAAGCACCAGUCAGCCCAGCCACAGUCAUCCUGUGUUACCCAUCAUCCUGUGUGUCCUCCACCUCACAGCCACAGGGCACCCUAGGGCAGGCAGACAUCUUGUGCAAACCUUGACAGACAGAGAGAGGGGGGGGGGGGAGGAGACCUCUGACAGCCCAACUGUCCCCCUGGUCCCCCCACCAGGGACAGGGCAGGCAGAUCCCAGCUGGACAGAGCCAAAUUUUUUCAAAGCAGGGCUGAAAGGAGAGUUUGCAGAAGAACUGGUUUGCCUGGUGACAGGAACCAGAGCACUGGUCAUAAAUUCAACUCCUCCUUCCCUCUGCCACCUGUGCUGUGCUUGGUGCCACGAGCUAACACUGCCCCAGCAAUGCAGAGCCCCUGUGCUGGUGGGUCAAAGCUGGGUCACCCCUGGGCUCAGCAGCUGGAGCCUCCCAAUCUCUCUGUCUCUGUCAUAGUUCCUCACAAAUUCAAUGGCACAAUGCAGCUACACUAUAUGAAAAGCCAUAAUAUUUGUUGGUAUGACUCUUUUAUUACUGUCGAUUUAUAUAUAUAUUUGUUGAUAAAAGAAGUCAUCUUGGGAGACACUUCUAGUCUACUGGGAAAUAAUUGUCCAAUGUUGUAUAUUCUGUACAUGCUGUAUAAACAAAGCGAAACAUUUAAAUCUAAGUGUUUGAUGGACUCGGUGGCAUGUGCUGCAGGGGGAGAUUGGGACCAGGCAAGCCCCCUUCUUGGGCCACCAUGGCUCAGGCUUGGGGUUCCUGGCAGAGUCACCAUCCUGCUGGGGUCCUACAGACAGUAUGGGGCAGGAUCUGGCCACGGUGCAAGGGCGAAGCCUGCAGCUGCCUCGGUGCUUUUUCCCAUGCAAAGGUGAAAGGAGGCAACUCUGCGAGUGGAAGCUGCCGCACUUGAGCUCCCUCCUGGGGCACAGCACAGGACCGGGGAACGGCUUGGUUUGUCAGGAACUCUCAGCACAGCGAGCCUGGUGUCACCCACCUGCUCCCCAGUUCUCCUGCCCAGGGAGGACACCCUUCAGCCACCACCCAGCACGACAUCUCUAAGCCUUAGGGGUCAGAGAGAGACAAUUCCCCAUGGGAAGAUGGCUGGUGAUGGCAGAGACUGGCUCCGAGCAUCCGGCUCCUCCAACUCCUUCCCACGCUAAUCCCGUGCCACGGCGCCAGCCACCCUCCCUGGUGUGUUUUACAGCAGCCACGAGCUGUGAUCUUCUAACCUGACACACGCUGUUAGAAAACCUGUUUCAUAUUUUCCGUGGUAUCAAUCUACAACUUUUGAAAUUAUUGGACACAGUCGUGGUAGCCUAAAAGUUGUGCUGAGCUCAUAUAUUUUUAUAUUUGUGGUGUUUUCCUAUUAAUAGAGAGUAGUGAACCAGUAACCCUAUAGCUGAAAGUGAUCUAUUCAAAAUAAAUAUAUGACUGCAGAAAAUAUUUGUAAAAAUAAUUUAUUUGAAAUAUUCUGCCAAAGAUAGCUCUCUAAUGAUCUGUAAAAUGUCGUUUCUCUCUUUUUGCUCUGAAUGUCAUUGUGAAAGGACCUUUCUCCCCACAUCUUUUGAAGUUGUUUUUUUUUUGUAUCUUUAAGGGCAAAGAAAUAUGCCAAUGAUUUUUUUACUAGAGCAGUAAAUAGAGUAGUAGGGAGGAACAAGACAACUUUGUAAAGGUGAUAAAAAGGAUCCGUAACAAUCACGCUGAAAAUCCGGUUUCUCCCCUAGUUACUCUGGCUGACAGAUGGGUUUUGAAGCCCGGGACAGUUGUCCAGCAGGAAGGUCUUGGCUGCUGCUGCUGUGGCUGCUGUGUAGACUGCCUGAAGGAGAGAAAUCUCUCAAGAAUCCAUUUGCAGGCUUGGGGCAUUUGGAUUCCCUCAUAUCCAAACUCCAGUUUCUUCAUUAUGUAUGGGCUUUAUAUCCUUAUUGGCCCUCAAUAGGCCUUGUGGCACAUGGGGAACCCUCACCCAAGGCUUCAGACUGACAAAGUCUGGCCCCUUCCAAAACCAUUCCCACAACACACCUGGCAUCUGCCAGCAGCCCUGAACCAGUGGCAGAAGUAAUCCUGCUGAUGCCCAGAUCUGUCCCCUUCCUCACAUGGGGAUGGGACAAGGGAGACCCAGUCACCAAGGGACAUGACACCUUAGCAAGAGGAUCCGUCCCUGCAGGUAUCCAGUUACAACAGGGGCAUGUACAGCCCUUCACCAGGGAGAAGCUGCCUAGAUCAGUCUUUUCAGAAAUUACUAAUUUUUUUUUUAUUAUAGAGAAAAAUCUUCUUUCCCUUCUUCAUUUCUUCCUUUUGAAAGAACUUUUCGAUACUAGAAAAAGCCUUCAUUAUCUUAUGUGAUCCCCAAGUCUGUUGCAGUGGAAAUACAUCCUCAGCCACAUUAGGUACCACCAUAUCAAAGAGAUUUUUGGCUCAGAUUUUUUUUGUUUCUGAGCAGAUUUACAGUUUCUUGAAUGUCUUGGUCACAAAGGUCUGGAGGAAUUAGCUGGUAAUAAAGGAAUGAAAGGCCUGUUCCAGUGAAUGUGUAAUUCAACUUCUGACUCCCCAAAGGUCAGGCACGUGUGUAAGUGCUUUAUUGGGCAGGUGCCCAGAAUCAGAGAUGGGAAAAGCAGUUUCCAAGCCAUGGGGUGCAUAUGGGUGUGAUGGGAGCACUGCUGUCCAUCAGGUGUGGGUGGCACACUCUGCAGCAGUGGGAUCCACGUGCCAGUGAAUCUUUGUUCCUCUGUGCAAGGAACUCUCUGAAUCCGGGGUUGUGCAGCUGCUGCAUCACGGGGAAAUGCGAGCAAGCCAGGGAAGACAAUAGUGAGAAGAAUUGGGUUUCUGAUCACUGUGCAUUUUGUUAAUUAGUGAAUUCAAAUAGUUUUAUUUUUACCAAAAACAGAUAAUCUUUAUUCCAGUAAAGACAACUGUUGACUUGAGAUAUAUAUAUAAAUAUAUAUAUAAUUUGAAUGGUUUAUAUCCUGUUGCUCUAACUACAUAAAAUGGAAACAUGUUGCAAGUUGUGUCAUUCCAAUGUACAAAAUAAAUUACUUUUCCCUGCAUGCUGCCUGGGUAUGUUGUGAUUUGAAUUAAGAGUUAUAUUUGAAUUGCCUUAUUCAAGAGGUUGUAUGUUACCUAACUGGGGAAUGACCUGGCACUGUUCAUCACAUUACAUUUGUACUUGAUGCUGUGUUAUGUCAAAUUCAGAUGAGUUGUCUGUCAUCUAUGUAUUUCGUGGGAGACCUUUUAUCUUGUUAAACUGUGAUAUGUAAACCUUCAUUGCCUGAAAUAGUCACAGUUGUAUAAAUCAGUGUCUUCAGCUGUUUUCCUAAUUUUAUCACAAUUCCUAACACAAAAUAUAGAUGUUUGUAAAUUCUCCA